CUACCCCCGAAGACGGGGGCGUGUGCCGUUCGCCAUCAAGGAGCAUUCCCAAGCGGAGUGACACCUGGCUUUCGACCGUUCAGAACGACGAUGAAGCCCGCGGCAAACGAUCCGAGUAGUGGGGCGGCGUCCUCGCCCAGGGCGGGAUCGGCCCCUGGGGGUGUGCGCACCCCGUCGCCCAGGAGACAGCGAGCGAGGCGCGCAGGUUCCGAGGAGGACGACGCGGGCGAAAUCGCGGUCGGGUCCGGCGCCGCGAACUCGUCGGCGGAAUCGGCCACUUCCGGUUCGGCGUCUGAGAGCGAGAAGGAGGCCGGUGCCCGCGUGGUGGUAGCCACGGCGGUCGCGGCGGCGGCGGCCAGGGAGGCGGCGGCCCGCGUCGCCAAUGAAGGUCCCGGGGCUGCGGCUCUGGAGCACCAGGGCGAUGGUUACCUGUCGGCUCAGAUUCUAGUGGCGGCAAUAACACAAGCGAGAAGGGCUAUGGAUGCGGAGACCAGCGGUCCUGACGCCCUGACGAUGGUCCUGCGAUCGGUCUGUGGUGGACUGAGCAAAGUGACGUCGGCGUUGGUGCUGCAGCAGCUGCAGAAUUUCGCGGUUCCCGCAGGCACCACCUUCAAGGCGUACCUUGAAGAACUGAAGGUGCUCGUUGAGAGCGUCCAACUGGUUGGGUUUGCUGAGGAUGGAACUUUGCAAGUAGCUGUAAAAGCUGGCGUGACAGACCAGUUUGCCACCUUGACUGCUCCGGUGUUUCAUGGUAGAAACACGCAAGCUCUGCCGUACGAUAACUUAGACGAUCUCAUGGCGGCUUUGGAAGACAUGAUAGAGAACACAACCACAGCUACUUCGUCCACGCGUGUGCGGGGCAUCGGGAACGGGACAAAGCCCGGCGUGACUUUGGGCCAAGAUGUCUAAACUGUGGGGUGGAGACCCCCUUUCACUUUGCGAGAGAGUGCAAAGAAAAACUCUUAAAUGUCUCCGGAUUGAUACAUCCAGAUAUUGCCAUCGGUGAUCCAGCCACCGUCGAACAGAAUUGGCGAAAGUGGCAACAACGAUUGACCUCAUGGGCGGAAACGCAAAGAAAGAAAAAGUUUCCUAGGGGUCAUCAAGGAUGACGGCCCGACAACAAACCGGCCCGUUUGUUGGCGGCAGCGCGGCCACCAAAUCACUAUGUGUCUCAAGAUGUGCGUGUGACUUUAGGUGUGGCAAAUGUGGGAGAAAACAAUGCAACUCCACAGAACAAAGAAAACAAAAAGAUCAAGUUCGUGUUGCACGCCACGAGUCAUGAUAACAGGCUCGAUGAAGAGACGGCCUCCAACGGUAACAAUGGUGUUGAAGUUGUACCACUCGAGCUCCCCGAGACAGGAAGUAAUUACCCCUGUCCAGACCCGAGUACACAAACCGAUACAUUGGAGUGCACAACUUCCAUCGCGGGGGUUGACCGUCCGAGUAUUGUAGUUGAUCGGAAUAGGCCCCCGACUAACUCAAUUGUUCGAAGCGAAACUUCCACAAGAACGCAAGGUUCGGAUGUUUCGAGUGUAGUAGACAAAGGGAAAACGCACACGUCGUCACUGUCUUUAGCUACAGGGGUUAUGAGUGGACCCCCUUCGUUAGGCCAGGCGAAGAGUAUACCCCCCACAGGUCAUGUUCACACUCGGGGAGGUUUUUCCAUGGGGCGAGCAAGGCAGUCGUCGAAGGUGACUGGAUUCCUGGGUAGAGGAACGCCACGUACUGCCGGCUCAGCAGGUUCCCGCACGGCAACACUAAAGGCAAGAAGCCAUCGUUGAUGCUGGAAUGUCUGACAUUCCGUUACAUCGCACGGGGGAAGAAAAUUUCCAAGUUCAGCAAGGAAUGCGGUUGGGAACUGGCGGAGCCAAGUUGGAACUCGGUGUGGUUGAAGAACUACCGAAGUCUGGCAUCGAUGAGCUUGUAGGAACAGUGGUGGAAGAUGUUCCAGGCCCGGCAAAAAGAAUGGCAACGCGGAUAUGAUGUCCAGAUUACCGCUGCCUGCA